UAGCGCAUGCGCACUCCGCCCACUGUAAACUAAAUGCGUCAACUUUGGAUUCUUGUAGUUUUUCCCUUCAGUGUUUUUGUGUGUUUACAGGACAUGAGCGAAGAUGAAUGAGGAUGUGUUCGAGGUCCCCGAGAGGACCGAGUACCGCUACCUGGUGCAGGAGGAGGGCGAGGAGGAGGAGGUGCAGUACGUGCGUCACAGACACUACAUCAACCCUCUGCUGGUGCUCUCCAGACGCUGCAUCGUCCUCAUCUGUGUCGGCGUGCUCGCUCUGCUCUCGCUCGCCGCCUACCUGGGCUACGUGGCCCAGACGCUGCCGCCCGGCCUCGCACAGGUGACCACGGACUGCGGAGAGUUCAGAGGAAGACAUAAAAAUGGAGCGUUCUCCUUUAAGGGAAUGCCCUACGCCUCCCCGCCUGUCGGUGACCUGCGUUGGGCCCCGCCGGCUGAUCCGGUGUGCAGGAGCGGGGUGACGGACGCGGGCCGAUUCCGCAGUGUGUGCGCUCAGGUGAUUCCGAUGUCGAGCGCGGGGAAGUCGACGGGCCAGGAGGACUGCCUCUUCAUCAAUGUGUGGACGCCUUCGCUGCAGCCGGACGCCAAGCUGCCUGUCGUGGUGUGGAUCCACGGAGGAUCGCUGAUGGCGCUCAGUGGAGGAGAGCCGUUGUACUCGCCCACUGAGAAGCUCGCUGCGGACACGGGGAUGGUUUACGUCAGCUUUAACUACAGACUCAACGCCUUCGGGUUCCUCGCUUUGGAGAUCCUGAGAGAAGGUUCCCCGAAAAACACCUCAGGGAACUACGGCUUCAUGGACCAGAUCGCCGCCCUGAAGUGGGUCCAGAGGAACGUCCAUGUGUUCGGAGGAGAUCCGGGGAGGGUCACCAUAGUUGGACAGAGCUCAGGCGGGACUUCAGUGAAGGUCCUGAUGUUGUCACCGCUGGCAAAGGGUCUUUUCCACGCUGCGGUGGACAUGAGCGGUUCUUACGUCACCAACGUGACGCUGGAACAAGCCGAGUCUGACAACCUGGUGUUUCUGAGGAAGACGGGCUGCAGAGACCGGACCUGCCUCAGACGUCUGUCCGUCAGAAAGAUCCUGCAGGCCAUCCCGUGGGAUGAGUACCCGUUCUGGGCCGGAGACGGGACGGCGGACCUCCCCAUCAGAGGAAGCUCUUUCGGCCCCAUCGCUGUGGUGGACGGAUACGUACUGGAGGCUCCGUCUUUCGAGGUUUGGGAGAAUAAAGGAGUUUACAGCGACGUUCCCUUUCUAAUCGGGACGACGGAGCAGGAGACAGACUUCAGCCCUCCGGCUCUAAACAUGUCCACGUGGACCUGGGGGGACUACCAGUGGUUUGUGACAGAGAAACUUAAAACCUUCUCUGAGGGUCUCGCCAAAGACGCGUUGGAGCUGUACCCGAGCUCCGACAUUUGCCCCACCACAGACCGCUGUCCGGAGAGGGCCUACACCACCAUGGCGUCCGACAUCAGGACCACCUGUCCCAACAACCACCUGGCCUGGAGGGCUGCAGCGGCCCUCGACAGCCCCGUGUAUCGAUACGUGGUGACCUACACGCCGUCAGGACCCGUCAACACGUCCGGCGACCUGCUGAAGUUCCCCAGCCGCUUCUCCUUCCACUGUCUGGACAUCGUGGCGUUCUUCGGAGGGCUGGAGGUCGCCUUGGGGAAACCGCUCUCUGACGGAGACAAAAGAUUCCAGGACCUGAUCACACGCCACCUCGUCAACUUCGCCAAAACAGGUAAGAUGGCGGACGAGUGGCCGGAGUACCCGGGCGCCACUGCCCUCCUGACGGACAGCCUGUCGGUGGUGCAGAACUACUCUGAUGCUCGGUGUCGGCUGUGGAAGGAGAACGGUCUGUACGCCUACGCCUGGAUAAACUGACCACAGCCUUCAUGUGAACACUUUGAUCCACGUUAGGGUUUUCAUGAUACCACUUUGAUAUGAUACUCAUAAAAAUCAAACUAUAUCAACACCUGCUUUUGUUACCACGGCAACCAAAACAGAAGUCCUAGAGGCACAAAAUAAAGGAGCCCAGCCCAAGUCAUUACAGACUCAGCUACUGUUUUUAAAACGUUUAAAACCAUCAAUCAUUUAAAUACUUAUUUUAUAUUCAUCACGCUUUAAAUCACCGCUUUGUCACUCCCAGCUCGAGCCGAGGGGACGGACUGUGGCUUCCAAAACACGUCAGAGGGGAGCGUAGGAUUUCAUCAUAGCUUUAUUUUUAUGUUGCAGGACUUCAUGGACUUGAAUGUUUUUUAACAGAAUUAUUAAGUCUUCAAAUGUUGCCAAAAAGAUGAAAGUGAACCUCACUGCUGACACUUUGCAGAAACAUAAACCAUCAGUGUGUGUGUGUGUUUGGUUUCCCUACAGAGGUGUGAAGUCUUCUGUGAGUUAAGGUGUACUGUCCCUUUAAGGAGCUGGAGGUUUCUGGCUUCACAGCGCAGCAGUGACUGAGCCUCAAACUGGGAAUUAGUUCAGACUGCAGGAUGUUGAAGGGCGACAUGUAGAGCAAAGUGUUCGACUGAGCAAUCAAGAGUAGAAGAAACUGUAUUUUUAUAGGAGGUCGGCGUGAAGAGUGACGAAUGGUGAAUGGUAACUGAAGUGUGAUUGAGCGACAAAUACGCUGUAAUUGAAGUGUAACCUUGUGGGGGCAAAUCAAAGUCCAUUUACUGUAAGUGCUUCUUCUCAGAUUGAUGAAUGAACAAAAGAUCCCUGCAGAGAGAGAGAGCGCGUAGUGAAAGCAAGAUGUUUCAUGAACCAGAAAUGUUCAACACUCUCUGCUCUGCUGCAGACUUCGUUUAAAAACUCUCAUGCAGUGUCACCGUGCUGGAUGCUCAGGCUAAACGUGGGCGGAGUUUCAGAUCAGGAAGUAAACUUAUGUUGGAGUAAUCCCAGGGUGAGUCUGCAGAGGGCGCUAGACGACUUGUUCUGCACAUCAGGCAGUGUAAGAAUUUCACCAGACGGCUUCUCUUCUCCCAGCACUGGACAGCAGCCGUCUCCUGGCAGCCCUGCAGCGUUCGGCCAUGUCUUGUAGAAUCCAUUCUAUAAGAACAGGUUUGCUUUUCCACGGGCAAGGGCGGCAAAAGAGCAAUGUCAUGACGUCACCACAGAGGUCACUGAAUACGUCUCUGAUUUCCCAGCAGCACUUGAAGUUGGACCUGCGUUCAUUAUGUCGACAAAAUUCGGCUUUGAUUUCAUUUUACAGCUUUGAGCACCUGAUGAUUUUAAAAAGGGUUUAUUUAAGCGUUCGUUUGGGGAAGAUGAUGGACCUUUAAAAACAAAACGUAUCAGCUGAUUUAUAAACGUCAGUGUAAGCUCUUUAGCAAUAUAAGGGGAAAAGUCUUUUUGGGCCGAUAGCAUCAUGUGACGCUGCAAUACCGGGUUCGGCCACUAUGUAAAACAAGCUUCUACGGUCGGCGCACUUCCUGGGGGGCUUGGGGGAUCUCCAGAGAGCCAAUCAGAGGAAAGUGUGCAGGUGGGGAGGGGGCGGGGCUUAAAGAGACAGCGUUUGAAACUAACUGUUUCAGGCAGAGGAUGAAAUGAGGGAUUUUACAAAGUAUCAGAUAAACGAGCAGGUUUUCACUCCUUCCUGAUUCACAAACGUUCGGUGCCAAAAAGACGUCGACGGACAUUUUAAAUUCAGGGAAAUGAUGAAGUGACGUUUAAAAAAAAAAAAGAGUCAUCACAGCGGGAUGAUGACGUUUGUGUUUGUGACGUAAACCUGUGAAGUCUGCUCUUUGCACUCACGCUCGACACUUUUGCACUUUCCUGUGAACACUUUUGAUUUCUCGUAGAUUUCAUCGUAUGAUGUGUUUUUUUUUUUUUACAUUUUUAUUCUCGAUGUGUUGAAGCUUUUUGUUGAAACGAUUUUGCCAAACUUUGUCACGCUCAGUUUUGCCGUGUUCAUGUUGUUGACUGUAACCUCACUGUAAGCUUGAUUUUUAUUUCUCUAUCGUUAGCUAACAGCGAUUCUUUUCUGACGCAUCCUGCUCGAUUUGAUUACUUUUUAUAAGCCCAAUAAAUCAAAACCACUUGA